AGGCGUGCAGUUGGUUCAAGGCACAGUCCCAGGAUCGUUUUCCCGACCGCAUUUUUUUCUCUCCCGAUGGAGUGCCGGCUGCGGUCGACUGGAGAUUUCAUCAUCAUACCUGACCCCUUCACCACGCCAGGCACGCAUGUCGCCACCUAUGCCUGCUUCUACGCCAUCUCCGGCACGAUGCUGAUCUGCAUGUUGGUAGUGAUUUGGCUCCUAUCCAGGAGUUUGGAAAAAGGUAAUCAAAUACAUGUGCACUGGGCUUCGCUAUGUAGGCGCCCCUUUUUGUCGGAUGCCUUCUACUUGGGCUUCUUCUUCUUGGGCUUCUUGGGUUUCGCCUUUCUUGCCGCGGCUGCGCAGACCCAGCCGGCGGGCGACAAUGGCGUCAUGUUGGUGGCAGAGAUUCUUCAAUGUUUGUCCUGGAUGUGCUUACUUCUCAACAGCUGCUGCAUUCUUGAACAAUUGCAGGUGAGAAGAGCUGGGCGGGUUUCAAUGUGGCUAGCCUGCCUCUUGGUGCUGUUAUUAGCUGUGCUGGAUUUGGCCAUGUCACUUGGCCCACAUUUCAUUGGGACAGCAAGUCUUUCCAGCCUCAGCGCGGCACUAUGUGUGCCUGCAUUUACACUUGCUCACGAAGAGACAAAGACGGCUGCGCCCGCCUUCAAGGCAGGCCUGUGCUUCAUGUAUUUCACCAGCUAUUUGGUGAUCGCGGCCUUGGAGCCGUUUUGUGGCUAUGCUGCGCACCCCACCUGCUACUCGUUGUGCAACCUUGGCUCGCCGGGCGCCCAUGUGGCUGUUGCGACUCCCCUCUUGUUGCUCGCAGGCCCAUUCCUUUGCUUUAUGCAAACCACUAACCCGGAUCAGGCCUCUGGGCCGCGCAUAAAACCUGUGCCACCAGACGCUCCUGCUUCUGACCCGGACCCGGACCCGGAGCCAGAGCCCACCGGCCGCGACGAGGAGACAUGAGCACGCUUGCUCGCACACUUUUCAAGCUAGGAGAACAGCUGGCUGGUUGAUGGUUUCACUCCUAUAUAAGGCCGGCAAGAGUCGAAGACUCAUGCCCAUGAGUUUUACCAUGCUUCAAGUCCUUGCGACCCCCAACUGGGUUUUGGACAGGCGUAAACGGAAAGGACUCAUAGCUUGCUGACCAAGUUUCAGGACUUGAUACUCUUU